AGCAAUCUAUGAGAUCUGCCGGAAAUGUCUCGACAUUGAAAGGCCAACAUACACAAAUCUCAACAGAUGUUGCAGUGCCACUGCAAUGAAUAUGCAUAUUUAUGCCUACUGGUGGACCUGGUGGUGCCUUAAGACGUCCUUGCUGGAUGGAUGGUCCUUCUAGAUAAGCCUGCAUAUUAUGGACAGCUGCUGAAGGUAUCCCCGUCUCUAUGGUGAAUGUAAAGGGCCUUGCUCGUUUGAAGAAACAGGACCCGAAGGGGUCGGGACAGGGCAUCCAGAAGCCCGCCACUGCCCUCUUUAAGAAAGCCGAGGGCGAUGCCGCUGCCGGUAAGAGGAAGGCAGUGACCAAGGGGUCCCCCCCGGCUAUCAAGAAACCGAAGAAGGGGGAUGUCGCCGAGAAGGAGCCCCCGGUCAUUAUUGCUGAUGAGCACCCCGCCUCCGGGGUGCAGGUGGAGAAGCUGCCGGGUGGAACGCCGGCGGGGGCAGAGGAGUUGCUGCCUGAGAUCCUCCAAGUCGCGUUCCCGAGGGGUAUGUCUUUGGCCAGCGGCGCUGUCGACCCGGGGGCCAUCCUGAGGGGUAUGACCCCUGAGACGGAUAGGGCUGCCCUCGGGUCCUACAAUGAUGCGGCCCUCGAGGACCACAUUCUCCGCUCCUCCCUCUCUGCUUGCUUAGCCCUCGGCGAACAGGCUCGGAGGCUUCAAGAAUGGCGCCUCCACAAAGCGGAGCAAGACGCCAGAAUGAGGGAGUGCCUCCUCAAGAACCAAGAGGCGGUGAAGCUGGGGGCCCAGCUAGAAGAGGAGCUCCGGCAGAUGAGCUUGAAAUUGGAGGCUGCAGAGAAAGGCAAGGCUGAUGCUGAGGCCGCUGCCAGGAGAGCUGCUAAAGAGGCCGAGGACUCCAAAGCGCUAGCCGUCGCCAAGGCUCAGGAGGAGGCCGUUGAGGCCUUUGUCGCCGAGGGUUGGAGAGCCGAGGGGCGCAAGAUGUGGGUGUCCUCGGUCGUGGAGGCCUGCGUUGAAGAAUGGGCCGAGGGCCCUAGGUGGGAAUGGAUGGCCCGGAAGGGCAGAGAGUACUAUGAAGCCGGCGAAUUCUUCACCCAGGCCCUCAUCUACCGGAGGAUGGCCCGGCAUUUGGGCAUUGAGCAAAAGGACUUCCCCCCCCCCUCGGCGUAUGGCCUUCCUCCCUUGCAGCCUGAUGUCCGUGAGUCGCUCCCGGAAGGUGUUCAGAGGCCCGACCUUGAGGACACGGUGUUGAAGAAUGAGGCCGAGGACGACGCUGUCGAGACCGGAGCGGAGGCAUCAUCGAGGCCGGCUGCAGAGGGCGCCCCAGUGAAUGAUGCUGUUGUAGUUGUAGAAUGACUUUGUACUUAGAAAUCUUUGAACAUGUUUUGUAAUGAACAACAUUGUUCCUUCGGCUUCGGCCCGUUUGUAAAUCUCACACUUACUUUGUUUUUGAUGAAUGCAUGAUUGCCCUCGGGCUGUGUUUAUAUGAUUUGUUUUCUCC